AUGCAGGGGAUUUUCGAUGUUCGCUGGCUGUCGCGGGGCGAUGCUGUUUCGAGACUUGUCGCUGUUCUGCCGGCUGCCAUAGUGCUGCUCCACGAGAAAGACAGCACGACGUAUCACCUGGUUACGAGCCUCAAAUUUCAUUUCUUUCUUUUUUUUCUCGCUGAUGUCCUGAAGGAAUUGAACGAGCUCAACAAGCGGUUUCAGCGACGAUCGGUGCAAAACACCUGCGAGAAGUUGAACGCGCGCUAUGUGGAGUACAGGGUGAACUUCGCGGAGGACAGCGAGCACCUCACUGCCUUCCUCGAAGCGCACUCCCAUCCGUCCAAGCGGGUGGUCCAGGUGGAGGGGAUGGAUGGAGACGGCAACGCCGUCAAACACACCUUCAAGCUGCACGAGCUGGAUGCGAAGAAGAAAGAGGAUCCCUCGGGUGACGUCGAGUCCUGCGUGUCCCUCGCCACCCUGUUUGCGAAGGAGGUGAUCGGCAGGCUACAGUACCGCAUGCGAAGCUUGAAGUCCCUCGUUGGGUCCAAGCUAUGUCUGCCAGACGCCUAUCCGGAUGGCGUGAACAAGCGCGACCGUCUGUGCGCGGAGUGGUUCAGCUCCCUUCGCAAGAUGUUCAACGCCGAGCAGUGCGCUCUGCCAGGUACGUGUUUUCAAAUUCCGCGUUGUCCCUAA